AUGUCUUCGCCCUCGAUAUCUGAUGGUCUUAAAAGUAAAAUUCCCGAAACAACAUUAUUGGUACAUAGUCAACCAGUUGAUGCAUAUGAUGUUGUUAUUCGAUUUAUAUCAGCUGAGAAUGUGCCAAAAACUGAUAUAGUUGGACAUUCUGAUCCAUAUUUUAUAGCAAAAAUUGACGAUAAUAUAACACACACAUCAGCUGUUGUAGAAAAUACUGCAACACCGAAAUGGGAUGAUGAAGAAUGGAUUGUUCGAAAUAUUCCACUUGAUGCAAAACUUUUUGUUAGUGUAUAUGACAAAGAUGAUGAUCAACCUCUUGAUGAUUAUAUUGGUCAAUUUGAAGUAAUUAAUUUAAUUAACUAUCAUGCACCAGAUGGUGGUCAUGAUAUUCUCGGUUUAAGUGGACAUAAACAUGGUAGUUUUCAUUUAUCUAUUCAAUCAAUGAGAUCAUCAGAAGAAUCUCAACAACUUCCACGUUAUACAUUCGAUGGUCCUUGUCGAUAUUUUCGUCAUGAUUCACUUUCCGUUGGUCGCUUGACAAUGUUUCAUGCUGAUUGUAUUUAUUCAACAUGGAAAAUAUCAAUGAGACGACUUUCUUUCUUCUUUCCACCUUAUCAACGUCAACAUUGGAAUACAAAAUAUAAGUUAGCAAGAGCGAUUUUUGGUAAGUGUCCACUUUCAAUAGCACCACGAACUACACUUAAAAUAGCUCAUAAAGCUCUUUAUGGACGAACCGUAAAACAUAGUGAGAAUGGUCGAUUAAAUGACGCUAAUGAUCUUUGGAAAUAUGUUUUUACAGAUAAAUUUACUAAAAAAAUCGAACCCUGUGUUUAUACAUAUGUUAUUGAUGAUCAUGCAUGGAGAUUUAGUGAAGUUGGUUCACGACUUCUUACUGAUAUUGCAAGUAAACAUGCACUAUUAGCGAAUGGUUGUGAAUAUGUUCGAUAUGCAGGUGAAUUUCAUCUUCGACCUAAACACGGAUGGGAUAAAAUAGAUGAUGAAUGGGAGUUAGUCAUUGAUAAUGGAUCUGGUACUUAUGCACCAAAUCCUGAUCUAUUGAAAAAUUUGAAAGAAUUAUUAGUAUUUAAUUUUCCAGGACUAAAUGUAGUGACAUAUGACCAAGAAGAUCCAAAGCUCAAAGAAAGUAAAGAUCAAAUGAAGGUAGCAACUGAAGAAAAUAAACAUAAGACAAUAGUAAUUGAUGAACUUGCUAAACUUUCUCCACUCUCGAUUUCAUCUAAUAUCCAAUAA